CUCGCGGUAGAUCAAUUGUAAAUCUCGUCCGCAGCUGUACUGCAUCUAGUCACAACCGUUUCACAACGGUACCAAGUUUGACAUUUAUUAACACCAUGGAACUGAAACAUAUGACUAAUUUAACAGCACAGCAUCAGGUACAUACACCAGGCAGUAUUUAAUUCGCAUUGGAGACAGGACUUGGUUGAUAGAUGUAUCUAGGUAACGCUAAUUAGCUGCUAACAAUGGCUAACUGUAUGGGUUUUCACACUCAAAUAGCCUCCAUCUUGGAGGUGCUAGCGAAUGCAGCAGUGGCAGAGAUCUGUAAACUCGUAGACGACGAUUAUGCAGUGUUUCGUUUAGAAAUAACUCAAAGCCAGAAAGAAAACAGGGCAUUGCGGAGAAAACUACUAGAACUGAAGGUGGCACGGGAGCGCGCAGAGAGGACAAUACGAGAGCGCGUUCUCGCCAGUCGUCCCAGCAGUGUCAAGAUCCUUGACMGAUACAGAGGAAUGGCAAGAGGUGAAGGACAUCUCACUGGAGGCCACAGGAGCUUUGUGAAGCCAGUGGGACACGAUACAUGGAAAGAUGAACAACCAAUCACCGUUGAUGAGGAGAGUAAAAUCUCAAUCCAGAACGUUAUCGUGAUAGAGUCUGCAGAUGCAGAGGCUGCAGGUCCUGAGGUCAAGCAGGAGAGGUCUGAAGGAGAGGAGAACCCGCGGCACAGCAGAGACAUCCAGACUGGAGCAACUGUAGCGCCCCAUGUAGCCACGGAGGACCCCACCAACGCCCCAGCACAACCCAGGACUCGAUGCAGCAUCAUGGAGGAGGAGAGUCCAGAGGUGCUGCUGGUGAAGGAGGAGGGUCUGGGGAACCCUGAGGGGAACAUGGUCAUGGAGGACAACCUGACUACACCUCCUCCUGAACCCAUAGAGGAACCAGCUGAGCAGCACAGGACCACACACAGUCUCACUGAGCCAGUAGACAUGGAGGAUGGGAAGCCUGAUCUGCUGCUGGUCAAAGAGGAGACAAUAGAAGACGAACCAGAGAGCAUUGAUCUGCUGAGUGGACUAAAGAUGGGGGAGCAAGGUAGUUGGCUGGAGGCUAACAGAGGAGACUGGGUGGCCAUCUUGGACUCCCAGAUCCAGAUGGGUGCAGCCAAGGGCCCAGGGGACAUCAUCACCGAGCAGGCCCGGACCAAAUGCGACUUAGUGGAGGCCAGGGGAUGGGACCGUGUCCUCAACUCUGGGCUGGGGAACAACACUGUUAACCACAACCAGAAACAGACAAUUGAAUGCAAAACAACAACCAAACGUAGUCUCCAAGACAACAGACUGGCUGAGACCAGAGCGAGGCGUCGAUUUGGUCUACGGGGAUGGGGAGGUGUUGGUAUGCGGCGGGAGAGAUCAGACACAGACUCAGCUAGCGAUGCUCCGUCCUGCUCCUAUAGUUGUGAUUCAGAGAGACUGAUUGCGCCUCAGGUUAACCCCCUAACAGAUGCUGCCUUCAGCCUGCCUUCUAUAGGAUCUAUCAACUGGAACAUGGACCCUGCAACAACACAGACACUCCAUGGCCUUCGUCCUGACACUCUCCUAAUGUUAAACCAGACCUCAGACAAUGCCAGCACCUCAACACUAAAUGGCUACACAAGCCCAUUGACAAAUGAGAGAAGCAGAGACGGAAUCAGCAAAGGUGGCAGGGCCAAAGAGAAGCGCUUCCCGUGUUCAUUCUGUGGGAAAGCCUUCAGUUUCCCCAAACAGGUGGAGAUCCAUCAGAGGAUGCACACGGGGGAGAAACCGUUUAGCUGCCACCUGUGCCGGGCCAGUUUUUCAGACUCGUCCAACCUGAAGAGGCACCAGAGGGUCCACACAGGGGAGAAACCCUACAGCUGCCCCCAGUGUGAGAAGAGGUUCUCCCACCAGCACCAACUAAAGAUGCACCUGAAGGUCCACACGGGAGAGAGGCCGUUUGCCUGUACAUACUGUGGGAAGAGGUUCUCAGAGAGGAGCUACCUCAGGAUACACCAGCAGAAAAUGCACACGGCCCAUGUAUAGAGUAUAGUGGUGACAUGUAAUGUAGUACUAGUUAGUAUGUUUGUAGUCAAUUGUUGUUUUUGGAUUUAGUUGGAAACUGGAUGAGGUGAACUGAGGAAAGAAUGAGUAUGAUGAGGCAGAGUAGAUGAUAUAGUGGCUUGCGAAAGUUU